CACGCCUUGGCCGCGGUUGGUGUGUGCAUUUUACUCGGCUGCGCGACACGUCACACCAACGGGCUUUGGAGAGCGUAGAUACCUUUCUUAGUUAACUUUCGCAUUGAAUACAUCUGACGUACGGAGCAUGGUAGGUGUGCCGUUUGUCUGUCGAAUUCCACUACUGAACAAUGUGUCUACGCUUGGAAGCGACGUGCUGUUGACCUACAUUGGCGCUAGUCGAGUCAAAGUUGUCCAACGGGGCCAAACAGAAAGCUUGAGUGUCUUUUUUAGUCGCCUCUGAUCAUCGUAUGGUUACAUCUUAAGAGCAAUUGUUUUCGGAUGGUACUGAUACCAUUUUGGGCUCAACUUAAGGAAUUCGGUUUCUUCUUCGCCGCUCUGCCCUUAGCCUUUUGUCGCGGUAAGCGGCUACUUUGUGAGAACUGAACAGUGACUCGACAAACGAAGGGGACACUGUAGUAUAGCUCUUCGUAGCUCAAGCACUCGGUCAAGUCCCAUCAUAUUAUGUUCAAAGUUACGUUUUUCCGUGACUUUUUGUCUUCUAUUCCCCCUUUCUCUCAAAACUCUGCCGAGGAAGAAGCUGGCAAAGACUUGCGUAUGUGCUCUCCGGGGCGCAACCACGGCAACCCAGCCCAUCAUCUCUCCUCUCAUCCACACUUUCCGUUUUGUUUACGAGUUUUCUGGUCGUUUGCCGCAAGGCUGUAAGGAAUGCAUGACGGCAGAGUUCGGGCAGAGGUGCGCUUGUCUCGUUCUAGCUGGAUUAAUUCAGCAACGGAAAGGGCAUUUGACCCGCGUCUUCACUUUUAGUUUACCUGGGAUACUUUCAGAGUCUUUUUUCCGUCUCCAAGAUGCAUCAGCGAGCAGUUGUGUGUACAAUGUGCGGGGGGAAAUUCUUCCCGGCGAGUCUUAGUUUCCACCAAAAGGCGUGCGCAAAGAAGCAAAGUUAUGCGUUACUUCCCUGUUCCUACUGCGACACAGAAAUUCCUAAACCGGACUUGGAUCGACACAUGAAGGAAGCGUGCGCAAAAGCUCCGAAGCAACCGAAGAGUGCUGGAAAGGGCGAGGGUGAUUGGCACAUUGAGGGUGAUGGGGGUAGAAUAAAAGGACUCAGUGAGCUUUUGGAUGAUCAAGGAAGGAUGCAGUGCGUUGUCUGUCACCGCUGGUUUCUUCAAGAUCGUAUUGGAAAGCACCAGAGUAUCUGCCGUGCGAUAGAGGAGAAGCGCAAGGAUCAGCCAAUUCGCGUUUUUGAUUCCUUCAAGCAGAGACAGUUCGAUCCCCUCAUACGCCCGGCUCUGCGAGCCGAAGGUAAUGAACGCCAAGCACGCUUACGUAACAAUUCCUUUUCAGCCUCCGUCCGCGCUGCUAGAUCUUACUAUUCCAAUUUCCACAAAAGUGGGGAGACCGCGAAAUCCAGCGACCGUGCUGCUGGGCACCUUCCCGCUACGCGUGAGGGACAGAGUGAUUCGCCUGCUAGCAAUCAUCACACAAAGAAAACGUCUCGAGCUGGGUGCAGUUAUCCUUUCUCUGGUAAGUCGCCAACGAGCCCUGUUGGCGAGAUAUCACGUAAAGGUGGUAGCCCGGAUAAAGCAAGUAUCGCGUCUUCUCGGUGUGUGUCCGGCGCGGGAGGCUCUCUUCCAUAUUCACGCGAUGCCGUUCCUGAAAAACUAGCUGUAGAAAAAGAGGGUCGUUUACGAGACACACAGUAUCUGGCUUCAAGGUCCCAUCCGACUAGCCAGGCAUCAGGAGCAGCAGGUGGACAUGUCCCAGCCAGGAGUUCGAAAUUAGGUGUGAUGCAUGCCAGCGGAAACAUGGAAGGAACAGGAACGAGUUCUCCGGAGAGCAGACGUGGAGGCCGCCGCUAUCCCGAUGUGCCGCCGGCGACGAGAGCAGGAGGGUGGCGCCAAGAAAGCAGGCCGUCGGCUGCGUUUCUGUCGUCCGGUCGGUGCACGACUUCGUACUCGGGACGGGUUAGUGCGGGCAGGAUUCUGCAGUCGAACGAAAGUUCGAUUGAUAACCCCAUGGCUUAUCCAAACUAUCCCGGUGGCCAUUAUAAUUCGGAACGGAGCCUCCACAGUCUGCAGAACGCUUCUCCGGGAGGACCUCGGUCACCGAUUGCACUGCAACAGCAGCCGCGUUUGAGAAACAGUCGUCCUGGUGGGGCAGGAACGAUCCUUCCAACAAAUGAAACAUCGCCAGACAAUCCUCUUGCUCGCGGAAACUAUUAAGGGUGAAACAGUGUCCCGAGCGGGAGGGCGAGACGCGUUCUUCUUAACGUCGUGUGUAGGAUGGCGGCAGCAGCGGACACGAGUUUCCUCGUAGAUACAUCAUGCGGGUCGGUCGUGAAAAAAAGUGGCAUACUGUGAUACGUGCGUACUGGGGAGUAGCGUACUCCCCGUUGUUGUGUAGGACAUUUUGGAGCCGUACAUUGUAAUUUGUUUGGUGAUAUUUUCGAAAGAACCUGGGAACGCUACGGCUUUUUGUCGGGCAGACGUGACGAUGGAGUCUUUCCCGAAAUAUGUAGCCAGUGGCACACCCUGCUUGAGGUCCUUCGAUCACAUUAAUCUCUACGUUUACGACUGUCGCCCCCCAAAUGCGAG